AUGCCAAGUCACGUGGGACUAGGAGAUCUCCAGCCGACGACGAUGAGCAAAGCCAAACCGACGGAUGACAAGACUGCGCCGCCGGCCAAGGAGUACAGAUAUGCCACCGAGAUUUCCCAGAUGAUGUUUGUUUUUGGUGAAGUCCAGGACCCAUUGACCGAGACUGUCAACCUUGUGGAGGAUAUUGUGCGGGGACAAGUCGUCGAGAUUCUCAUUCAAGCUCGUCAACUUGCAGCCCGUAAAGGCGCACGCAACGUUUCACCUGAAGACUUAAUAUUCCUAAUUCGAUACGACCGAGGAAAAGUGAACCGACUAAGGACUUAUCUCGGGUGGAAAGACGUACGAAAAAACGCCAAACAGGACGGAGACGGGGCUGGGGCUGCUGAGGUCGAUAUUGACGAGGGUCAGGCUGACGAGGCAACUGCAAAGCCACGCAAGAUGACCGUCAAGCUUCCAUGGGAUAUUGUAACCGUGUAUUCAGAAGUGCUAAGAACUGGUGUGAAUGUCAAGGAAGAUGAGGACGAAGACGAGGAUGAAGUCGAGGCACAUGAAGAUAGCAUCGCUCGACUGAGAGAAGCAGAUGAGGCGACUCGAAGAAUGACUCGUGAAGAAUACGUCCACUACUCGGAAUGUCGCUCUGCAUCAUUCACGUAUCGCAAAGCUAAACGUUUCCGAGAAUUCAUAAAUCUCCCCGCAUACCUCGACAUAAAGCCCAAUGACGAUACUAUCGAUAUCCUUGGCUUUCUGGCAUUCGAAAUGGUCCGCGCGCUAUGUGUAGGAGGUCUGGCCGUCAAAAGAGCCCUCGAAGAAUCAUACCAAGCUGUGGAGAUUACGGGAGCAAAGAGGAAGGCUCCCGAGGGUGCAGAGUCGUCACCAGGAAAGAGGCGCAGGAGGUCAAUGUCACCUGAAUCCGGAGGGGCAUGGGGGAGUGUUCCAGGCAGUUCGUUGUUCCUACCUCCGCCCGAGGCGAGGCGCGCUCUGCGGCCGGCGCAUAUCCAAGAAGCGUUUGCAAAGAUGCAGAGGGACUGGGCGCACCAGCGCGGGUCAGGAAUGAGGAACUGGAGAGCCGUCGAGACGGGCGGAAAGAAAGUACACAUUGGACAACCUGUUGAUGCUAAAGUGGACGUCGGACUCGCCAUCCUCAAACGACAUUCGCUCAAAGCGCACGAAAUUUCUGGGAGCUCGGCACUCGACCCCGAUGCUCGAGUCACCUCCAACGUUUUGACCGUCGAUACUCUUUUAGAGCCUAUUGCUCCCGAACAAAUUGGAUUCGUUAGAUGUUUGGGGUUGAACUAUAGGGAUCAUGCGGCUGAAGCUAAGAUGCCUAUUCCCGAGGUACCAGUGCUGUUCUGCAAACCAUACACAUCCCUUAUCCCCGCCCUCACACCAAUUCGGAUCCCUCGCGCCGCCCAACCAGUAAAAGAGAACCUAUCAGACUACGAGGUCGAAUUGGCCGUCGUUAUCGGGAAAGACGCCAAGGACGUGAAAGAGAGCGAGGCGUUGGACUAUGUUUUGGGUUACACGGGGGCCAACGAUGUUUCGUUUAGAAAACACCAGCUCGCCACGUCGCAAUGGACGUUCUCUAAAUCGUUCGACCUCACGAAUCCUAUCGGUCCCGCCCUUGUCCGCAAUACCAAGCACAUUGACCCGCAAAACAUUCCUCUGACGGCCACCGUUAACUCUCGUUUACUCCAAGACGGAACGACUGCCGACCAGAUAUUCGGCGUGGCAAAGACGAUCGCGUUCUUGAGCCAAGGCACGACUUUGAAAGCUGGCAGCGUGAUUUUGACGGGAACGCCAGCGGGUGUUGGGUUUGUCAGGGAACCCAAGAUUUGGUUGAACCAUGGGGACGAGGUUCGAACGUACGUAGGAGCGGGAAUUGGGACUUUGGUCAACAAGAUCGUAGAGGAAGGACGAGCAAAAUUGUGA